CAGUCAUUGAGUUAAACAUCUCGUUGGUUGUCUGCGUUUGGGUGCACAGGAGUGAUGAUGGAUAUUCAAGAUAAAGUUGCUGUCGUGACUGGAGGAGCUCAGGGUUUGGGCAAAAGCUUUGUAGAAAUACUCCUGAAAAAUGGGUCAAAGGUGGCCAUCAUCGAUGUGAAUGAAUCACUGGGAAAUGAGCUGAAGAUCACACUUGAGAAAGAAUAUGGACCAGACAGGGUUGAAUUUUACACUGCUGAUGUCUCAUCAAAUAAGGAAUUUGCAGGAGCUUUUCAGAAAAUUGUGGAAAAGUUUGGCAGCAUACAUAUUGUGUGCAACAAUGCAGGGAUCCUGAAUGAAAAUGAAUGGGGAAAUGCUGUUGCAAUAAACCUGGGUGGAGUGGUAAGGGGAACAUAUCUGGCUCUAGAACAUAUGAAAGAACAUUGUGUUAACGAAGGAGUCAUUGUCAACAUUUCAUCCAUUGCAGGUCUGGAACCAUUGCCAGCAGCACCAGUCAACACAGCAGCCAAUCAUGGAGUGGUGGGGUUCACCCGUGCUAUAGCAGCUGCUAUUAAGUUGUUCAACUCUGGGGUACGGAUCAACGUUCUCUGUCCGGGUUUAGUGAAUACAAACCUUGUGUCCACCUCAACUUCAGAGGACAAUUUUGGACGUUUUUCUAAGUUAAAGUUAAAGACUGAGGGGGCAAUGGAGAAGUACGCCUGUCUAGAGACUGAUAUCACCAAGGCCUUCCUUGAUCUUGUGACAGAUGAGAGCAAGAAUGGAGAAGCUCUGGUAAUUCAGAGUGAGGGUACAAAGUACAUUCCCUUACCUCAACGUAUCAAGGCAAUGCUAACUUCUGCAGCCAAUAAAGAGUAACAAAUCAGUGGAUGGAUUUUAAUUUGAGAUUAAGUGCUUUAACAGAGCUUGUAAACUUAUUUUUGGCCUAUUAAUCAA